UUCACAGAAACCUUCCUGGAUUACUCGAAACACGCUUCGAAGCCGCGACACGAAGGAACACAUCGCUAGCAUCCGGCCCGGGUAGCGAGCUGUUCGACGAGUGGCUGCGACUCUCGCCCGCAGUUCAUUCCGCAUUUUAACUUCACCGAGCGGCGUGUUCCGCCGGGUUUCUCCCCCUCGUCGCCCCGCUCACUCACACGUCCCUCCCGCGUGAGAGUCGCGGCCUGCGGCGUCGCUUUGGCCACGAGGAGCCCCGGAACAGCUGGACCAGGGCGAUGGCGGAGUUCGGUAACGGAAUGACGGAGGAAUCCCUGCUGGACUCGGACCCCGGACAUCCCGAGCUGGAAGACCAGGGUGUCGGAGAUGAAGAACCGGGGCUAGAAGAGGGAGAGGCCUCGAUCGAGGACCCGGAGCUGGAGGCAAUCAAAGCUCGGGUCCGAGAGAUGGAGGAAGAGGCAGAGAAGCUAAAGGAGCUGCAGAACGAGGUGGAGAAACAGAUGAACCUGAGCCCCCCACCAGUCGGCCCUGUCAUCAUGUCCAUCGAGGAGAAGAUGGAAGCAGAUGGCAGAUCUAUUUAUGUCGGAAAUGUGGACUAUGGUGCCACUGCAGAAGAGCUCGAGGCUCAUUUUCAUGGCUGCGGUUCAGUAAACAGAGUCACCAUCCUGUGUGACAAAUACACAGGGCAUCCCAAGGGGUUUGCCUACAUCGAGUUUUCAGACAAGGAGUCUGUAAGGACAGCCAUGGCUUUGGAUGAGUCCCUUUUCAGAGGAAGGCAGAUAAAGGUGGGCGCUAAAAGAACAAACAGACCAGGUAUCAGCACCACAGACCGUGGCUUUCCUCGGGCUCGCUUUCGAUCACGGGGAGGAAGCUUUUCGUCGCGCGCACGCUACUACAGUGGUUACACACCACCCAGAGGCAGAGGACGGGCCUUCAGGUUUCAGGACCAGUGGCGGCUGACGACCCCUCCCCAGGUGGCGCCACCCCCACCCAAUGUCUCCGCGGCGUCCCUCUCUCUCUCCGCCCCCGCUAUGCACACUCACCCCAUCCUGUCCGUGUGGGGGGGCGGGGGGCAGGGCGACCACAGGCCCGCGGCAGGGGGCAUUUACUACAACAGCAAACGCUGAUGAUGCUUUUUAGUGCUUUUCACACUAAUACACACACACACGCACCCACACACAUUUGCGCACACACACACAUUUGCGCACACACGCACCCACACACUGCAGUACAGACGGCCUGUAACCGGCAGCCAACCCUACACAUGAUUUCUAUCCAGAGAGCUGAAGCCAACAGCAGCUGAGUGGCAGAGAAAGUGAGGAGGGCAGGACCAGAGACCAGGGUGUACAGUGCAGACCUUAUAGCGCCCCCUUUCUCUGACUUGGCGCAGUGCAGUCACGGCUUGUCCGAGGAAGGCUGACGAGCUAACGGCAUUGAACAUUAAUUUAAUAAAAAAAAUAAACUGAGUGGGCCGGAGCUGAUGUUUUAGGGUGGGGUAGGUCAGGGGUGGGGGUUUGUGUGGAGACUUUCUUUUCUUUUUGAAAAAGGGGAGUGGGUUUCAAAAAAACGUUUUGCUUUUUUUAAUUUUUAUUUUUAACCCAUGAGUCUGUAAGUAGGAUAAAAAAAAAUAAAGACAUUGUGUAAAAAUGAGA